AUGGCCGUGGGGGCCUCUGCGUCCCAGGCCCUCUCGACCCACAGCGAGGGCAACGGUCCAUCCCGCAGAGCGAGCCUGCGACGCCAGGUGACCGGAGGGGACUGCGGUCGUUGGAGGCCAGCCAGGUGCCCGCGCGAGCGUCUCCUCCGCCGCCUGGCCGCCGCCGUCCGCACUCGGGACGGCCGCUCCCCCGCGGGUGUGAGUGGCCCGGAACCCGGGCGAAGGCGCAGCCGGCAGAGGGCCCGGGCCCCGGCCGUUCCCAAACCCGCGCCCACGCCCGCAGAGCGGACCCAGCGAACAGCAGGUGUCACCCUUCUGCCUGCAAAGCCCCGGCGCCUCCAGGUGCCUCGCGCCCUCCGCCAACUUGCGGCUGGGAGCCGUGGCCGCGCGCACCUGCGCGGCGCCCGUCGACGCUCGGCGGCGCGCGGAGGUGAGGAGGGCGGCCGGCGCUUGCAAGUCCCUCCCCUUCCCGCGGCCGUUUCCCGGGGCGCCGCCCGGGCUCGGGGCGGCGGCGCUCGCAGCAUGGCCCGGGGCCCGGCGCGCCUGCAGUUCCGCGUGCAGCUGCGCUUCGUGACCGAGGAGCAGCUCUUCGGGGCGGGGCCGCUGUCGCCCCCCAGCCCGAAGUGCCUGCGGCUGGAGGUGCACCCGGCGGGGGAGGAGGCGGACGCGACGGUGACCGACGCUGAUGGCGUCUGUGUCUUUAAAUGCUUACUCAACAGAGACACGGAAUGUUGCCGCGUGGGGAAGGAAUCAGUCUUGAUCACUCUGGGAUACAGCAGUGCUCUCUUGAAGUUUGAAUCUCACGCGGAUCUCAGCUCAUUUUCAAAUACCUUGAAAAGCUGCCGGAAUGAGAAAAAGGAGUCCUCGGUGUUCAGCCAGCGGACAGAAGAGGCAUCAGCCGUGCAGUAUUUCCAGUUUUAUGGCUGCAUUUCCCAGCAGCAGAACAUGAUGCAAGAUUUUGUAAGGACAGCCACUUACCACAGAGCCAUCCUCCAGAACCACAUUGACUUUAGAGACAAGAUUGUCCUAGAUGUUGGCUGUGGAUCAGGAAUACUAUCAUUUUUUGCCGUGCAGGCUGGAGCUAGGAGAGUGUAUGCUGUCGAAGCCAGUUCUGUCGCACAGUACGCGGAGAUGCUGGUGAAAAAUAACCACCUUUCAGACAAGAUCAUUGUUUUGCCAGGGAAAAUCGAAGACAUCUCUCUUCCCGAAGCCAUCGACGUGAUCGUGUCCGAACCGAUGGGGUACAUGCUGUUUAAUGAAAGGAUGUUGGAGAGUUACCUUCAUUCCAAAAAGUGGCUAAAAGCAAAUGGAAUGAUGUUCCCGACCUUCAGCGACAUCCACUUGGCCCCCUUUUCUGACGAACAGCUCUACAUGGAACACUACUCCAGAGCCAACUUUUGGCACCAGCAGUGUUUCUAUGGGGUCAACCUGUCCAGUCUCCGGGGGGCUGCGGUGGACGAGUAUUUCAGGCAGCCGAUAGUGGACACGUUUGACGUUAGGAUUUUGAUGGCUCGGACAGUCAAAUACACGGUAAACUUCAUGGAUGCAGAAGAAGCAGAUCUGCACAGAGUAGAAAUCCCCUUUGUGUUUCAGAUGACACAGUCUGGCCUCAUCCACGGCCUGGCGUUCUGGUUUGACGUGGCCUUUGUUGGAUCUGUGGUAACUGUUUGGCUGUCGACAGCCCCAACCGAGCCUCUGACUCAUUGGUAUCAGGUGCGGUGCCUUCUCCACACUCCCCUCUUUGCCAAAGAAGGAGAGACCCUCUCAGGGAAAGUGCUGUUUGUAGCCAACAGACGACAGAGCUAUGACAUUCAUAUCGUGGCGCUGGUAAACCAGACAGGCUUCAGAUCUGGGAACAUCCUCGAUCUAAAGAAUCCUUUCUUUAGGUUUGCUUAGAAGAUAGUCCCAAGCCAGUCACUAAGUCAAAUGAAGGCCUGAGAAGCCCCUCGCCAUCCAGGUUCAGAUUUCACGUUCCAAACUUGCACUCUGCAUUUUACAAGGAUGAUUAGGUUUAUUUAAAUUCUUUUUUUUUUUUUUUUGCUUUUUGCCCCCUAACUCUAAAAUGUGCCUCCUAGUUUUAUUGACAAGUCUGUUUCUUGGUGCUUCUUAGACUGGCUCUUUACAGCUUUCUGCAUGUGAGCUGAACAAAUAUUUUUUUUGUUUUCAAUGUGUGAUUUCUCUGUAUCAUUAUCUCAGUAAAGCCAACAGCAUUGCUUUCGUUUUUGACGUAUUUAAAAAUGGGAAUUUAACAAACCCCUACCUCAUGUUUAUAUGAAUGCGUAUGUAUGACAUAACCUAAGAGCAUGUGAGGAGUGAUCUUCGAUUGACCAUUUUAAGCUGUUCUUGCCAAUAUUUUCAGUACAUCAGCAGCUCAUCUCCAGCUCAGCCACGCGUGAAAGAAUUUCUGCCUUAUUCAUGUAGUGGAAUAAUACGAUGUCAGGAAUGCGCUUCAUCGGCAAUAUCUGAUGACUCUGUGUGCAGUUAAGAAAAUAAAGAUGGAAUCUUUGUCAGCUCUCUUAGGUUUGCAAUAAAAACGUACAGUGCGAGAUACCA